AAGCCAGAGGCCGCGGCGCGGUUCCCGGGGCAGCCCCGCCUCGCUUCCCCUCGCUCCGCCCCGCCCCGGCGUGUCCGGCCGGGUCCUGUCCCGCAGCGUCUCGCCCGCGCGCUCCUCGCACCCUGCCAGGCCGAGGCGCUCGCCGGUGCUUCCCGCGCAGCCAUGGCUCAGCACUUCUCCCUGGCCGCCUGCGACGUGGUCGGCUUCGACCUGGACCACACUCUGUGUCGCUACAACCUGCCCGAGAGCGCCCCGCUCAUUUAUAAUAGCUUUGCUCAGUUCCUAGUCAAGGAGAAAGGAUAUGAUAAGGAAUUGCUCACUGUGACCCCAGAGGAUUGGGAUUUUUGUUGCAAGGGUUUGGCAUUGGAUCUGGAAGAUGGGACCUUCAUUAAACUUGCAGAUAAUGGCACUGUGCUCAGGGCAAGCCAUGGCACCAAGAUGAUGACUCCAGAGGCAUUGGCAGAAGCAUAUGGCAAGAAAGAAUGGAAGCAUUUUGUGUCAGAAAAUGGCAUGCCUUGCCGUUCAGGAAAGUAUUAUUUUUAUGAUAAUUACUUUGACCUGCCAGGAGCUCUUCUGUGUGCCAGGGUGGUGGAUUCUUUAACAAAGCAGAACAGUGAUCAAAAAACAUUUGAUUUUUGGAAGGAUAUAGUUGCUGGUAUACAACACAAUUUUAAAAUGUCAGCUUUCAAGGAAAACUCUGGACUAUAUUUUCCAGAAAUAAAAAGAGAUCCAGGCAAAUAUUUACACAGUUGUCCUGAAUCUGUAAGAAAAUGGCUUCGACAGCUAAAGAAUGCUGGAAAAAUUCUUUUGUUAAUUACCAGUUCUCACAGUGAUUAUUGUAGACUUCUCUGCGAAUAUAUCCUUGGGAAUGAUUUUGAAGACCUUUUUGACAUUGUGAUUACGAAUGCAUUGAAACCCGGUUUCUUCUCCCAUUCACCAAGUCAGAGACCUUUCCGCACACUCAAGAAUGAUGAGGAACAGGAGGUGUUGCCAUCUCUGGAUAAACCUGGCUGGUACUCCCAAGGGAAUGCUGUACACCUUUAUGAACUUCUGAAGAAAAUGACUGGCAAACCUGAACCCAAGGUUGUUUACUUUGGUGACAGCAUGCAUUCAGAUGUUUUCCCAGCCCGUCACUAUAGUAACUGGGAGACAGUCCUCAUCCUAGAAGAGCUCCAAGGAGAGGAUGGCUGGAAGCCUGAGGAGUCAGAGCCUCUGGAGAAGAGAGGAAAAUAUGAGGGACCAAAGACAAAACUUCUAAAUACUUUAUCUAAAAAAUGGGGCUCCUUUUUUAUUGAUUCAAUAUCAGGACGGGAAAAUACAGAGAACUCCUUGGUAUACACGUGGUCUUCUAAGAGAAUCAGUACUUACAGCACUAUUGCAAUUCCAAGUAUUGAAGCAAUCGCAGAAUUACCUCUGGACUACAAAUUUACAAGAUUCUCUUCAAACAGUUCAAAAACAGCUGGCUACUAUCCUUUGGUGCAUUAUACCAAUGGUCUUAUUGAAUAAUGAGAUAUGGACAACAAAAUAAAUUAUCUCUACUAAAAAAUGAAGAACCACAUAAGCAGCAAAUGUACUGUAAAAAAUACUAAUUUUCAAAGAAAUACUGUAAAAUGCUUUAUAGGAACAAGUUUUUAAUGAAAAUUCACCAAGAAAUUGGAAUUUGUCCAUAGGUCUGCUUUUUAUAUAAAUCAUUUUGAUGCUUAAUAACUCUUGGAAUAUUAAAAUCCCAGUAUCCUAGAACUAAAAAGAACAUUCUUGGUAUUUUCAAUACCAGCAACUUUGAAAUUAUAAUGCAACUUCGGAGACUUACAUAAUUUGUACAUAUGAUUAGUCUGGUGGUUCUCAAAGUGUGCAUCCACAGACAAAUAGCAUAGCAUCACCUAGAACUCGAUAAUGCUGGUUAGAAGGCCCCACCCCAAAACCUACUGAAUCAGAAACUGUGGGAAGAGAGCCCACCAAUGUGUGUUUUAACAAGACUUCCAGGUGAUUCUGAUGCACACAACAGUUUGAGAACCAAUUGCCAUAUACUCCAUAAUUUUGUCUGGGUGAAUAUGCUGAUUAUUGAUAUUGUUUAUAAUGUCUUUAACAGAAAGUACAGCCAGAACUGGAAAUAGCUAAUCUAUAUCAGUUCUCUCAAUUUAGAGCCAUCAACAUUGAGCCCCAGUGACGUUAAUUGAUUUUCCCAAACUGUUAGGUUUGGUACUAUUCCUGUUUUCCAAAAUAAGAAAAUAGACACAUGAUUUCUUCUGAGAUCAUACAGCCAUCAUGGGACAGAGAUGGUAACUAGAAGCCAAUCUCAACCUUCAUUGUUACCCACUGUUUUCCCCCUAAUGUUAGGGACUGUAUUAAUUCAUUGUCAGUAACUUUAAGACAUGCCUUCUCAAUAGAAUUUAAAAUUGAUUCUCAGGGUGAAAAACCAUCUUCAGUAACACAAUGGAUUCUGGACUUUCAAAAUUCAAAAAUACCAAGAAAAUUCUUCUUCCUUGGUAUUAAAUUUUCUUAUUAGGGAGAGAGCAGUAUAUAGUUAUUAAAUUUGAGUUAAUUUUUUUUCUUGGGAGAGUUAUGAAAAAAAUGUUGAGGAAAACCAUUUUAAGGGUUUCACAGAUUUAUUACAAUCCAGGAUGUUAUAUUCUAUGUGCUGUGCAUAGUCAUAUUAACAGCUAUUUGUUACAAGACAUUUGGAACCAGAUAAUGUUUACAGUAAAUUCCUAACUUUUUGUGCUAUAACUUCACUAUCUAUCAUGAACAGGAUCAGAAAACAAUACUGGUCAUUAUUGUACCAGAGAAUUUAGCAUAAACACAUGCAGUGAAAAGAUAAAUAUUUUGUUAAAAUUUGUAAAUGUUUGAGAAAUCUCAAAUACACUGUGGGAAUGAUUAUCUCAGGGUAAGAAAAGGUUAUUGAUUUUUCUUCCUCAAAGUCAGUUGCUUUGUUAGAUAUCUACCAAUAAGUAUAUGGUGAUGUAUUUGAAAUUGUUAUCCCAGAAUGUCACUGAAAUAUUACAGUGUGCAUAUACAAUCAAACUUAGGGCUAAACGAAAGAUGCUAAUUCAUGUAUGCUAUAGAGAUCUGAUUUUUAUAAAUAAAGCUAUUUUUCCUUAUG